AGACUUGUACAUUUCAUUGUUUCUCGUGUACAACUUGAUUGUAGGUAAAUCACGGUUUGUGAAACUGGUAUCUUACUGACGAAACAGUCUGGAAGUAACGAUUUCGCUCGAGACAAUCAGACUGUCUAUUUCGUUGCUUCUACAAUGAAAGUGUUGGCACUUGGAGCAACCCCAGUGCGGAGUGGUCAUACACCAGUGACCAGAACACUUUAUUCACAGAAUCUCGUGGAUGAAGCGUGGGGCAGAGGCCGUGACCACGGGCGCACUUGGAAACCGGGAAUAGUGGAAUAUACACGCAUAUACGAGGCGAGUUGGCACCAGUUAACGGAAAGGUUGGAGAAAAUACGAACUGAACAUCGACGUCUUCUUUCAACACCGACACUGACCGUCAUGCCGUGGAACAUUGAAAGACUUCAGCAGGUCACUAGAGACCAAGAGCAAAAGCCUAACGAAUACAACGAGGUAUUUGUAAACUUUUCAAUCGAACCAACCCAUAGUAGAAAGAGUACUUCUGUACGGCAGAAUUUAAAUUCAAUAGAAAUUAGCACCGAGAAUAAGACCGAAAGCUGUGUGACAAACAACAUUACGUCAUUAGUUGAGCAAAUGGAGAGUGAGGUCGAAAAUGGUAGAAUCGUCCAUAAAGUUGCAAAUGAUGCUAGAGCACGAAGAACAAGACGGAUUGCAACUCCACAAAGAAAUAAAUACUGCCAGAGGUGUGGGGAAACGGUUUAUCCUACCGAAAACAUUGAACCCAACCGGGGGGCAACCUUCCAUCACAGCUGUUUUAGGUGUAGUCACUGCAACACAAAGUUGACGUUACAAAGUUUUUUCACCACUAACGGCAAUGUAUACUGUCGUGCGCACGUGCCCAAACCAUCUGACGAUGUGAAUGAUCCGAACAGAUCUCCAGAAGGAAAGAAAGAUUCAUUCAACAGUAGCGCCACAAGUGCCCGAUCAGAGUUGGGAGCCAGAAUAGUCUGGGAAAAACCACGAGAGUCUAUUAAGUAUGACCUAAAGAAGACGGACGUAAUUAAAUCUGACGUUAUUGGACUGCGUUAUUUUUAGCUGAAAACAAAUAAUUAUAGAUGCUGAAACACGAUGCCCAUUAGAAGGCAACAACCUCAAUGUGACCUGUUUUUGUCUUGCUUAUAAAUGUUUAUAUAUACAUGAUAAAAGAAAAAUAUCUACACGUUUAAUCAAGCUUAAAAAAUAAGGGAUAUUAUUAGAUAUUAAUUUCAAAGUAAUUUAAUUGAGAAUUACUUUUUGAAGUAAUCGAAUGAUCAUUUUAAGGAGGGUUUUAUUGGCUUCGCCUUGGGAUAACUUAAUUACGUGAUUAAUUUCAAAUGUGGUUUCCUUCUUUAUAUGUUAAACUUAACUGUUAAAACAAUUUCACUGUAGUUACAUAGGAUAUUAUGUAAAUAUUAUGGCUAAACACAUUUAUCAAAAAAGAACACUGAUGCAGAUUAUAUAUCGCCUAAUCUUCAAAUAAACUACAACCUAGCAUAUUGCAUUCAUAUUUUUUCUUCAGUAUCACAACUUAUUCAAGAAGACAGCAUCAAUACUUUUCCUAAUAAUAUAUAGUAGUAACAAAAUAUAAAAAUAACGUAAAUAAUUUCUCCUAGGUUUCGAACCACCAUCUCAAAACGAAGUCCGUUAUUUUUUGGUAAAAAAAAACAACAACAAAUAUUGAGAAAGGGCACAUUUUAAAAAAAACUGCUACUUCUAAAAUGUGAAAUAUACAAACGGUGAAUAGGUGAGUAGUGUUCAUGGGUCAGGACCACCCCAUUUUCCAAAGGAAAAACAAGCAAGUAUGAAGAUUAUUUGUUAUUUUAUGAAACUCUAAAAUAAGUAAUAAUUAUUCUAUACCAUUAAUAUAAAAAAAGGAUCAUUAUAUCCCUUACAAUUAUUUUACUAAUUAAAACAUUAUUAAAGAAUUAAAUGUAUCAUUACAACAACGCUAUAUAUAUUAUUAAGCUCAAGCUCUGCUACAUAGUAUUAUUCUAACUGAAAGUUCAUUUUUAUAAUUUUUACAUUAUCCCUUAUUGUCUUAGAUACAUGUAUUUUGAUGAAAUAUAUCUGGUCACUUUAGUUUAGAUAAACAUCUUUCUUUAACGAUGAACAGUUGCCUGAAGAUCUUCACUGCUAAUAAAAACUGUUUCUGGUCAA